AUGGUCUCUUCAAACACCCCAUCAAAUGUGCCAAAGCCCUCACAUAGUUCCAAAUGUGUAGGUCCAAGAAUGAACAAUUUUUGCAAAAAGGCUUCUUCUGAUCGACAUUCGAACGUGCGUGGCAAAGAUAGAAGAAUUGUUUUGCCAAUAGGAUGUGCUGAUCGUGUGUUUGAGCUCAGAAAAAGGCUUGGUCAUCGUACCGCUGGCCAAACUGUGGAGUGGCUUUUGAUCCAAGCCAAGGCCUCUGUUGAUGCUGUUCUUAACACAAAUCCAUCAGCCCCCCAAAAUCAAAAUGGAGACGAAAUGUCUGGUUCAAUUUCAAUGUCCAAACCUAUUUUAACUUCUGCGAGCGAUGUGGAAAUUUCUGCUGAUGAAGUUGCGAGGUUCUUAUUUGGAGAUCAUGGUGGAUAUGCCUUGGAGGAGGAUCAACAAAAGGAGAGAGAAUGA